UCUAGAAAAUCAAAAUGUUCAAAUUUGUCGUUGUCCUUUUCGCCAUCAUUGCCUGCGCUGCUGCCAAGCCUGGUUUUGUUACCCCAUUGGCCUACACCGCACCUGCUGUUGUUGCUGCUGCCCCAGCUCCAUUUGUCACCGCCACCAGUAGCCAAUAUGUUGCCCGUAACUACAAUGGUAUUGCCACUGCUCCAGUUGUUGCUCCCGUUGCCGCUCCUAUUGUAGCCAAAACUGUUGCUGCUCCAAUUGUUGCCAAGACUUUCGCUGCUCCGGUUGCUGCUGCCUACACUGCUCCCGUCGUUGCCAAAUACGCUGCCACCUAUGCUGCUCCCUUUGCUUACUCUGCUCCCUUGACUUAUGGCGCUGCCCCAGUUUUGUUUUAA